UUGAAGGAACUUUAAUUUCUUCCGUCCCCUACUCUCUCCCCAACCUUUGACUAUCUCUCCCUUCAAAUAUUUGAACCCUUUAAGUUCAUUUCAUUCGUGUAUUUAUUAUAUAUAUAUAUAUAUAUAUAUAUAUACAUGCAAGUCCAUCAAAUAAUUCACUCUUGAGUUCUCCUCAUGCAAUAGACGAAAAUAUCAACUUCGAUCGGUUCUUACCAUAUUGAACCAUGAUUUUGCCUUGGAGAAGACGAGGAGCCGGACGUCGUUCCAGCAAGGUCGAGGAUCUCAGUUCCUCAGAGGGCGAUUUGGGCAUGGAGCUAGCGAUCCCGAAGUAUUUCCGUUGCCCCAUCUCUCUCGAUCUGAUGAAAGAUCCGGUGACAUUGUCAACGGGGAUCACGUACGAUCGAGAGAACAUCGAGAAGUGGAUCGAAUCCGGCAACCAAAAUUGCCCCAUCACCAACCAGGUGCUGAGAAACUUCGAUCUCAUACCAAACCAUGCCAUAAGAAGAAUGAUCCAAGAUUGGUGCGUCGAGAACCGUUCCCACGGCGUUGAACGGAUCCCGACGCCCAGAAUUCCUGUGAGCCCCGGCGAGGUCUUGGACGUUUGCUCGAAGAUUGAGGCGGCAACUCAAACCGGCGAUCGGAAAACCUGCCUGGAAUUGGUCGAGAAGGUGAAGAAAUGGGCGAGAGAGAGUGAGCGUAGCAGGCUCUGUAUCGUCGAGAGCGGAGCCGGCUGCGUAUUCUCGGCUUCGCUGGAUUACUUUUCAUCAGUUUCGAUCGAAGAAAACGAAUCACUUUUGGCAGAAAUUUUGUCUUCGUUGACAUGGAUGUUUCCGCUCGGCGAAGAAGGCCAAUCCAGGCUAGCUUCGGCUUCGUCUUUACGUUGCAUGGCUGGGUUCCUGAAUUCGGAAGAUCUUUCCGCCCGGCAAAACGCAGUUCUCGUGUUGAAAGAGUUGCUUUCUUUGGAUCAAAAGCACGUAAACGCCUUGGCCGAGAUUGAAGGCGUUGAUAGAGCCUUGGUCAAGAUAAUUAAGGACCAGAUUUGCCCUAAAGCUACCAAUGCCUCUUUAGUGGCGAUUUACUACAUAACUUCUUCACAUUCUACAUCUCGUGACAAUAUUAUUCCGAGGUUUCUUGAACUGGGUAUCGUCUCAUUGGUACUGGAAAUUCUCCUCGGUGGCGAAAGGAGAAUAUCGGAGAAGGCGCUUGGAGUUUUGGACGGAAUCUGUGGCUGCAGACAGGGGGUCAAAAUGGCUGGAAACCAUGCCCUAACCACGCCAGUCGUGGUGAAGAAGAUACUGCGAGUUUCAGAAAUGGCGACGGAGUUUUCAGUCUCGAUUCUUUGGAAGCUCUGCAAGAGUGAAGACGGAGGUGUAAAUCGUGAUCAGCUCACUGAGGCGCUCUCGUUGGGAGCUUUUCAGAAGCUGCUGGUGGUGCUGCAGGUUGGUUGCAGCGAGAAGACGAAGGAGAAGGCCACUGAGUUGCUGAAACUGUUGAAUCAGAACAGGGAGAGGUUGGGAUGUUCUGAUUCGUCGAUGGUUUUCAAGCAUCUGAAAAGGCCGUAGGAUAUAUAUACAAGCAUCUGAACAGAGACCAUAACUAAUAUUUGAUAUAUAGAUCAUCGAUCAGACCAUAAGAUGUAAAAAGGAGGACUCAAGAUUAGGAUAUACAAAGUUCUUCAAUUACGUACACACCUUUGUAAAAAGAAUUCAUUCAAAAUUUGAAAUUUAUCAGCAGGAUAUAUAGAAUAAUAAUAUUUUACGUA